GGUCAGUUAAAGUGUGGAGCCUGUUGGUCGGUUCUGAGCCAAUCCACCGAUACCAACACAACCAGAAGAUUCAAGCCAUGGCCCUUUCGACUGAGGGAGCCACCAUAGCGACCGCAUCCGGGUUCCAGGUCAAAGUAGAAAGUGCCAACGACAAAGGAUACUGGGGAGCCCUGGCUGAGUUUGAGAUUCAGAAAUGGGUUAGCUUGCUCCGUCUUAUGCCCCAAACUUCAGGCUGCCCAGCUGCCGUAGUAGCGGCGGAGGACGCCAUCUACUUCUUGAAAGAAGGAGGGCCAGCCAAAGUCCUGCAUUGUGUCUACAGCCAGCCGGUCACAUGCCUGGACGUCUCGGCCAAGGAGGCGGCAUUCGGAGUCAGGGGCCAAGGCUGGCUGAUCAACGAGACCAACAAGAUCCUUCUCUACAACGUGGAAACGGGGCAGUGCGUAACGCAACUCGGUGGCCCUAUGGGUGACUUCACAUGCCUCAACCUCCAGGAGAGUCCCCCCCACAUGCUGGUCGCUGGAAAUAAAGUCAGAAGGGUGAUGGUGUACGACCUCCGCAGAAGUGAGCCUGUCGCCUCGCUUUGUGGCCAUCAGUUGGGGGUCUCGGUGGUGCAGAUGGACGACUGGAAGGUGGUCAGCGGCGGCGAAGAAGGGCUGGUCUGCGUAUGGGACCAGCGCAUGGGCAGCAAGCUCUGGGAAAUGCAUGCCAGGCACCCCAUUCGCCACGUCUCCUUCAACUCCCACAGCCUCAUCACGGCCAACGUCCCCAAUGAAAAAACUCCCCGGGGGGCCAGCAUCACGGACGACGACUUGACCGCCCACCGAAGGUGAGAGCAGCUGACCCUCCUCCCAGUGGGACUUUAUCCAAAUCCU